UAUUUUGAGGAUUCUUCCCUUUGGAUGAGUUCACCUGAUCCCAACCAGGAAGGAUUUAGGUUUUCCCAUUUCUCAGGAUCCCUUUUCAUUCCUUGCUGCCAUUCGCUUUGGAAGAGGACUCCAAACACCGUCCCAAAGGAGUUUCUUCAGACGGCAAAUAGACUUUGUUUUCCCUUGAAGACCUUUUGCUUCUCACCCAAGAAGCUUCAAUUGGGACAGUCAGAACUGAAGAAGCUCCUCGGAUGGGAAGCAAAAUGUCUCCUGUUCUGGGCCCUCCUGUGUCUCUCAUGUGGCUCCUUCCCCUCCUUCCCUCCAGCCAAGCCCACCGUCACCAUCUCCCCCACCAAGAUGGACCCCACUUCCCCCAACACCAUCCUCCUCUGCACCGUGACCGGCUUUUACCCCGUGGAGAUAGAGGUCCAGUGGCUGAAGAAUGGGCGGCCGGAGGAGGAGGGCGUGGCCUUUGGGGAGGAGCUCCAGAACGGAGACUGGACCUACCAGCUCCAGGUGAUGCUGGAGACCCAGCCCCAACGGGGGGAUGUCUACACUUGCAAGGUGGGGCAUGCCAGCCUGGAGGCCCCCAUCACCGUCCAGUGGGAGCCCCGUUCCUCCAGCUCUGCCAGGAGCAAACUCUGGACGGGGAUCAUGGGGGCCGUGAUAGGAGUGGCCUUCCUGGCUGCGGGUCUCUUCUCCUACCUGAAGAGCAAGAAAGCAACUCCCAUCCAACCUCCUGCAGGUGAGUUUCUCCUCUUCCUUCCUCAUCUCAUCCUCUCCUACAAGUUAUUGGUGGUUUUAAAAAUUCUUUAAUUUUCUUGGCUUUGAACCCACAGCAGCUUCAUCUAUAUUAUUCUUCCUACGAAUCACUUCCCUUCCCUUUGCUUUGCUAUAAAAGAAUAAACUUCAGAUGUAAGAAAA